UCUUUGGUCCCAUACAAAGGUUGAACUUUGCCAUAUAUAUUAUAAUUCUCUUUGGUUGAACUUGGCAACCGUCGUCCGGCUGUCAUCGUCGUAUUUCGUAUUGCAGUUCGUCUGUAAUUAUUUAAAAAUAUUAUUCGAAUAUUGUGUGAAAAUGGCCUCAAAAGUGCCGUUUGUUAAGUUCUACAACGGGCUCAACUGCCCGAUUCUUGGUUUGGGGACAUGGAAGUCCAAGCCAGGCGAAGUGACACAAGCCGUUAAGGAUGCUAUCGACAUCGGCUACAGGCACAUCGACUGCGCGUUUGUGUACGGAAACGAGAAGGAAGUCGGGGAGGCCAUCACUGCCAAGAUCAGCGAGGGAGUCGUCAAAAGGGAGGAGUUGUUCAUCACGUCCAAGCUGUGGAACACGUUCCACCGGCCCGACCUGGUGCGUGGUGCGUUGCAGAAGAGCCUCGACAACCUCAACGUGGAGUACCUUGAUCUGUACCUCAUACACUGGCCUCAGGCGUAUAAGGAAGACGGCCCCUUGUUCCCAACGGAUGAGAGCGGCAACAUCCAAUUCUCCGAGGUGGACUACGUGGACACAUGGAAGAGCCUCGAGCCGCUGCAAAAGGAGGGCCUGGUGAAGAGCCUCGGCGUCUCCAACUUCAACUCCAAGCAGCUGAAGAGGCUGCUCGAGCGUGCCAGCGUCAAGCCCGUCGUUAAUCAGGUGGAAUGCCACCCGUACUUGAACCAAGCGCGCCUGAAGAAGUUCUGCGAGGACCUUGACAUCAAGAUCACGGCGUACUCUCCGCUCGGCUCGCCGGACAGACCCUGGGCGAAGCCCGACGACCCUCAGCUGAUGGAGGACCCCAAGCUCAAGGCCAUCGCUGAUAGACUUGGCAAGACUGUCGCGCAGGUGUUGAUCAGGUAUCAGAUCGACCGCGGCAACAUCGUGAUCCCGAAGUCGGUGACCAAGUCGCGCAUCGCGAGCAACUUCGACGUGUUCGACUUCAAGCUGUCGGCGGAGGACGUCGCGCUCAUCGACAGCUUCGACUGCAACGGACGUCUCGUGCCCAUGACCGCAUCAUUGGGCCACAAGUACCAUCCGUUCGAGAAUGAUGAGUUUUAAGAAUACUACUGAGUAAUUUGUUAUAAAAGAUGCAAUACAAUAUGUUAUUUUGUUACGUAAAUAUAAUAUUAUGAUCAA